AUGGCCGCCGUACCCCAGCCUCCACGCAAGCCGACGAACUUUCUGGGGGUCGAGGAGUUCCCCGACGACCUGGUGGUGUCGAUACUCGGCCGCGUCCCGUGCAAGGACGACCGCGGCAGCAUGUCCCUCGUCUGCAAGGCGUGGCACGACAGGAUCGACCGCCUCAUCAAGACUGAGGCCGAGGCCGCGCCGCCCGCGCCCGCGCCACCGCCGCUCCCGUGGCUCCUCCUCCCCUCGCGCUCCCGCAACGACCCCGCCUUCUUCCGCGCCGCUUGCGUUCUCAGCGGCUGCUGCGUCCACCCCCACCACAGCCACCUCACCAUCCUCCCGCCCGGGGCGCGCUUCGUCGGCUCCUACGACGGCGCCUGGAUCUUCCUCUACUUCGACGAGACGCACACGCACACGCACCGCCUCCUCAACCUCCGCACAGGACAAGCCCGCAUGCUCCCGGAAGCGCUCGUCCGCGUUCGCGAGGGACACCGGUUUGUCUACAGUAUGGUCAUGCUCGCCGCCACGCUCUCGUCGUCGCCGGACGACUCGAACUGCGUCGGCGCCACCAUCAUUGCGCGGGAGCGGGAUCAAGCCCCAGACGAGUUUUUGCAGCAUCCUUUCAAUCGCUGGAUUGUGUUCUGGCGAAUGGGCUGGAAGCUGGCGCACCAAUUGGUUGCAGUCGGGGACGUGGCUGCGGCUGUGGACGACCUGGCUCUGUGCCUUACGGAGGACGUCGUCUACCACGACGGCGCCUUCCAUGUUCUGCUCACCCGUGGCGGAGCCUACCAAACCCUCGUGUGUACGCCGGAAGCGAAUCCUGAAGAUCCUACGGCCCUGAAUGUCAAUGGGGUGGUUCGCCGCUUCAUGCCGCCCGGAGAGCGCAUCUCCGGCCAGAACGCCACCGUGCGCGCUCGAUACCUCGUCGUGUCCCGCGGCGAACUGCUCAUGGUCGUCAGGUACACGACUGGUGCUGAUCAUCAGACGUCCAAGUUCAAGGUGUUCCGGGCGACGACACGGCCGCAGAUGCCUGACGGCGACGGCGACUUCCCCGUGGCUCAGUACCCCUGGGAAUGGAGCGAGAUGGACACGCUGGAUGGCCGGAUUCUGUUCGUCGGGUAUGGCUGCUCCAGGUCCUACGAAGCGGAUGAGGAUAGGUACCCAGGCUUCGAGCCCGGCAUCUACUUCUUGGAUGAUGGCGCGUUCUGCGAGGCACUCAUGAUCGGCGACGCCAAUACCAGGCCGUACCCCUGCAGGGACAAUGGGAUGUGGUCCGAAUCCGAAGGCAGUAUCCAGCGCUGCUUCCCGCCUCCAAACUCAUCGGACUACUCUCCUCCGGUUUGGCUUCUCCCUUGAGGCGACAGGCCUUUUCCAUUGGCUACUGUAAGUUUGAUUUGUUUGAGAUCAUGUUAAUUGACGUUCUGAGGUAGUUGCUGAUUCCAAUCUUGAUCGAGUGUUAGGUAGAUGCUGGUUGCAAUAUUCAGAGUGAGAAUAGUUGCUGAUUGCAAUAUUCAGAGUGAGACUAGUUGCUGAUUGGCUGAUUGCAAAUUGCAAUAUCCAGAGUGAGUAGCUGUUCAAAUUACACAUACUGCUGCUUCGAUUGCUAAACCUGAAUCCAAUGUUCUCUGAUUUCUGUCUGCGGUGUUGCAUCUGUUUUCUUUACUAAAUGAAGAGAAAGCAAUGGUUGCUGUCCAUGGCAGUUCGAUUUGCUUGUUUGUUCAAUCGGGUUUGAACAUGUAUUUGCUACUGCUAUGGGUCUUCCUUAACUGGAAGUGCAAGGGACCUGAACCAGUCAGAUUCUGUAUCCAAACUCAUUCACAGUAUAUAUUAGACUCUUGUCUUGCUGCUCAGAUCA